GAAGACAAAAUGGCGGAAUACAAGGGUGCUUCGAGAGAAGGGCAAAGAGCCCAAGCUCUACUGAAGAAACGAGAAAAAAUGAAAGAAGAUAUGGAAGCUAGGAAGAAGAAAAUUGCUGAGAAAAACAAGAUUGGAGACAUUACAAGCAAGUUUUCAUCGCAGUACGAUGUCGUAGAACAGCAGUUGAAAGAGAGUACCAUUGGUUUGGUUACCUUGGAUGAGAUGAAGGCCAAGCGAGACACUCUUGUGAGAGAACAUGAAAAACAACUUGCAGCAAAACUAAAAAUAGAUGAGGAGGAGAGUAAGAAGUCAAAACGGGAAAAGAAGAGAGAAAAACAGAAGCAAGCUGCCACUUUGUCAUUUGGACUUGACGAGGAAGAGGAUGAGGAUGAAGAACCUGCUGUAGUUUUCAAGAAAAAGAAACUUGGAAAAAACCCAGAUGUUGACACCUCAUUUCUCCCUGACAGAGAACGAGAGGAAAUGGAAAGAAAAGAAAGAGAACGACUGGGACAGGAAUGGAUACAAAAGCAAGAAAAAAUCAAAAAUGAGGAAAUACAGAUCACCUACAGCUACUGGGAUGGUUCAGGUCACCGACGUACUACUAAGAUGAAAAAGGGCAACAGCAUCUCUCAGUUUCUACAGAAAUGCAUAGAGGAGCUUAGAAAGGAUUUUGCUGAAUUUAGAACUAUCACAACAGAAAACCUGAUGUAUAUAAAGGAAGAUCUUAUCAUGCCUCAACAUUACUCGUUCUACGAUUUUAUUGUCAACAAAGCCAGAGGUAAAAGUGGUCCUUUAUUCAGCUUUGAUGUACAUGAAGAUGUGCGAAUCUCAAGUGAUGCGUCAGUUGAGAAAGACGAGUCUCACGCUGGCAAAGUUGUCCUACGUACCUGGUACGAGAGAAAUAAGCAUAUAUUCCCUGCCAGUAGAUGGGAACCGUACGACCCUGAAAAGAAGUGGGACAAAUACACGAUUUCAGACACCCCCAAGAACACAUAAAAGGGCAAGAUUCAAGACAUAAAAAAUUGCCUUAAAUCAGUCAUAAUAGUAUACUAAUCCAUGUACACUUUACUCCAAAUGUUGUAUACUUAUUUAAUAAAUUUUCCAAUGAAUUGC